GUGGGUGGAGUGAUUUGAUGUUGGCUGCUGUCUGCCGACGAGGGCAGCGGCAGUCGGUCCUGCGCACGACGUCGUGGCUCCAGGCAUCCAGUCGUGCCCUGUUGUCCUCCGAAGCGACAACGGCCAAGCCUAUGAUCAAGCCAUUGUACUCGAUUGAGAAGCAAAAACAGUUGCUCCAAGUAGUCCAAGCAGUGCACAAAGAAUCAGGUCGACCGAAGGUCAUCUCAAUCAAGACGCUGUUUCGAAUCCCCAGCAGCGACAAGUACCCCCUGGCACUGCAAGGCAUUCGGUUUCCAGUGUCUGAACUACGAAAGGAGAAGCGUGAAGGUCGACUGGAUCCUGACAUUGUGGCCGCGUUGGACGCCAUUGGGUUUGUGUGGAACGCGGACCAGUUCCAGUGGAGCCAAACCCAGUUGGCCUUGACCAAGUACAAGGAACUCCACGGCAACUUGCUCAUUCAAUCCCAUUUCAACGUCCCGAAGGAUGACCCGGUAUGGCCAACGGAGCUCUGGUCCAAGAAACUGGGUGUUGUAGUGGCUCGAAUUCGAGCGCACAAGACUACACUACCCCCAGAGAAGAAGCAGUGGUUGGACAGCACGGGAUUCGUCUGGGACGCUGCUGAACUGCAUUGGAAGUCGAAUCUGGCGGCACUGGAAACGUUCAAGGCCAUCCAUGACCACCUUCUCGUGCCUUCGGAAUUUGUCGUGCCAGCAGACGACCCGCAAUGGCCCGUCGAGAUGUGGGGACUCAAACUUGGGAAAUUGAUCUCCAGGUUGCGAAGUACCACCACUUCGUUGCCCCCCCACAGGCUCGAUGUGCUGAAUUCGCUUGGGUUUGUAUGGCGAGUGAAUGCCCGAGUUGUCCACCGCAGCCCACCUGCCAACUUUUCGCUCAAGGAACAGCAGCACAUAUUGCAAGUCGCUCGAUUUCAACUCUCGCAGCAGCGCCAUACAAAGUUUGUGUACUUGCCGGGUCGAUUCAGAGUCCCCGAUCAAGCCCCGUGGCCCCUGCACUUGCAUAAGGUCAAACCACUCGACGUCUCACUGUUUCGACGAGCAAAGAUACAGGGCAGUUUGGAGCCAUCAAUUGUACAAGCCUUGGACGCCAUGCAUUUUGUAUGGAACGGGUUAGAGCACCAAUGGAGCCUGAAUAUGGAAGCGCUGGGUAUUUACAAAGCCCAGUAUCAAGACUUGCUCAUUCCAGUUGACUUUGUCGUGCCGCAAGAAGAUCCUCAAUGGCCAGUGUACCUGUGGGGGAAGAAGCUGGGGAUGGUCGUGCAUAAUUUGCGAGGUCGUGAGGCCAAACUGAUGCCAGAGCGACGGCAAGCGUUGUAUGCGAUGGGGUUUGAGUGGGAUGCUAACCAAGCCCAGUGGCAAUUGAACUUGGCGGCGCUCAAAACCUUCAAACAAGUAUAUGGACAUGUGAAAAUCCUUCGAGAGUUUGUCGUGCCAUCUGAAGGCGGCUACUGGCCAUCGCGGUUUUGGGGAUUUCGUUUGGGUACCUAUGUCAACUCCCUUCGGAUGCGUGUCGACACAUUACCCAGUGAACAGCGACAUGCAUUAGACGAGAUGGGGUUUGUGUGGAAGCCAUUGGUGGACCAGUGGAACAACCGCAAUCUCUUGGCGUUGAAGACGUAUAAACGUAUCUAUUGCCACAUGAAGAUUCCAAUGAACUUUGUCGUGCCAGACCAAGACCCCAAGUGGCCACCGCAGCUGUGGAACAUGAAGCUGGGGCAAUUGGUAGCCAACAUUCAGGAUCGGCAUCAUGGGUAUCCUGCCAGUCGACUCGACCAGUUGCACCAACUCGGCUUGGUACUGUAGUCGAUGAAUAUGGGGAAUCCAAUGAAAAUUCAGCUCACUAUGAUGUUGCGUUACUAUAACGUUAGUGAUGAAUAAAUGCAUGAAUAGUAAAUACAAGUAGUUUGACGGA